GGCCAAGAGUAUAUGGGAGGUACAAAUACUUGGAAGAGUAAAGUAUCUGAGGACACAAAUUCCCAUUCUGGAGAGGAUGAACAGACCUGAGAUGUCUUAUUCUGCAGCCACACCAAGAAGAAGUAUGAGAGAGCUAAUUACUUUUCAAGUUGGAAGUUAUGCUAAUUUCAUCGGUUCCCACUUUUGGAACUUCCAGGAUGAAUUGCUGGGAUUAUUUGAAGACACUCAAGCUGACUUGGUUUAUAAGAAUCAAAACCUUGAUAUGGAUGUGCUCUACCGCACUGGGGAGACUCAACAGGGCAUGCCUACUUACACGCCUCGCUUGAUUUCAGUUGAUUUCCAAGGAUGUCUUGGAUCUAUGAGUUCGCGUGGAACGUUGUACAACCAAAAUCAAUCUGUAUCAUCAGGUGUUGCCACGUGGACGGGUGGUGUGUCCACCCAAGCAGCUGAACCUCAUAAAAAGAAUCUGUUUUUGCAGAGGUUGUACGAUGAAGGUCGAGAUAUAGUAGCUACAGGGAAUGGAGUUAAUAAAGUAAGUGGUGAAUCUCAAACUGAGAUUUUGGAUACAGAUGUAGUAAAAUCCCUUGAGGAUGACGUCCAGUAUUGGACAGAUUAUGCAAAAGUUCACUAUCACCCACAAAGUUUAUUCGAGUUGAAUGGGUUAUGGAUGAAUGCUCAAGAAUUCAACAACUUCGGUAUCGGAAGAGAUACCGUAUCUGAGGGUCUACAAGGGGAUGAAAUCAAUGAGAGACUUCGUUUUUUUAUAGAAGAAUGUGACCAUGUCCAGGGAAUUCAAUUUAUGGUUGAUGACUCGGGUGGAUUUUCUGGUGCUGCUGCAUCUCUUUUGGAGAAUAUUGUGGAUGAGUACAGUAAUGUUCCAGUUCUGCUCUAUUCUGUUCGGAGCCCUAACGCCCAGAAUAACCUAACAAACCGAAAGCAGGUCAUCUCCAGUAAUCUUCAUGAUGCAGUGUCUUUUUCGACCCUUUCAUCCUUAUGCAAAUUGAUUGUUCCUGUUGGCUUACCAUCGUUAAGUCAAAGCAGAGCUUCCCAGUUACUUAAUUUACACGAUGAAAAGCCAUAUCACUCUAGUGCGGUUUAUGCAUCAGCAAUACACUCUAUUUCUCUCCCUUUCCGAAUGAAAAGAAUUGGAGCAACUGGUGAAUCUUCAAAUGGAUGUGGCGCGAUGAAUUUAUACGAAGGCAUACAAAUGUUAGCAGGGCAAGCCAGGCAAAAUAUUGUUACUAUUCUAGAUUCUGCAAUACCAGCACCUUCUAUAACUGGUAGACAGUUUCAGCAAUCUCUUUUAGGGAACUUGCAAUCACUGACACCUGAAACGGCACAUGAUGUAGAGGACUUGCAAGCUAUUGAAUCCAUGAUUGUGCACGGAGCCCAUGGAGCUGGAGACCACGAGGCAUCAAUUUCUGAAGUGAAGGAAGCAGUUGAAACUGCGUAUGAGAACGCAUCAACAAGGCCUAGGUUUUCACAUAUAUCUGUAUCUCGUUGUCCUCUUCCUAUACCAUUACCAUUUCCUUCCAUCUUCGGUAACCGUGUUGGCAGACGUGGGGAGUGGUUAAGUAGCCCAAUAUUAGAUUCUCCAGAAAGGAGGGGAUCACUUGACAUCCAUUCGAUCCCUAUGGUAGCCAGACUCCGUUCCAGCACUGCUGUUUUACCGUUCUUGGAGAAUAGAUUGGGUAACAUUCGUAAAUUUGGCCUUGAAAGAGGAUCGAUAGGUUCCAACUUACUUAGAGGUUGGGGGUUUGGAAGGGAAGAAAUUGAAGAGAUUGGUGAAAAUCUUUCAAAGAUGAUUUUGGCACUUGAUCCUCAGCAAGAGUAUUCUUCUGAUUCUGAUUGACAUCGGGUACUUGAACAACUCUGUGCUUUUCUGAACAAGAUAAGAACGAUAGUACAAAUGCCAUCAGAGCAGAUUCCUCAUGAAAUUGGAUCUUUUAAGCAAAAAUGAACAGUUGUCCGUUUGCAAAGUUGAUGCAGCUAAGGAGAUAGCCCGAAGUCUGAACAGUAGGUGCUUAAAUGAACCACAUGAUUCUGAAAAUUUCAAAUGCUAGCAUGGUGUGGGUUUCUGAAAAGGAAGUUGCUUGUAAUGUUGUCUUACUGUGAGAUUUUGUGCAGUAAAUUUUAAAAUACUUUCCUGGCGAUUAAAUAGAGAUGGUAGGAUUGGUCCUCUCAUUUUGUAUCAAUUGUAUUUUAUCAACUUUUUUUCCCAUGGAAGGUAUUGACUAGAAGAGUGGCUUUAAGGAA